AUGCUGAAACUUCUGAUUUGCCCGCUCAAACCUUAUUCCCCGAAACGCCUUAAGACAGUGUGCGAAGCACUCGAGCUAAGGUUUGAGGACGAGACCCCCAAUUCUGAGACAGCCUAUGGCCUUAGGACGUUUGAGAAGGUCGACCGACAUGAGAAUACCCCAGAGUUCUGCGGCUACAGGCACACCGAUCUGCUACUAGCGGAUAAACGUCCCACCCUCAGGCAGUUCCUCUAUUCUGCACGUAACCAUUCCGAGCAGUGUACUUUGACACUUGCACCGGAAUCGCUUGGAAAUAUAGCUGGAAAGAGGUGGAUUCGCGGACACGGAAUUCCAGCUUUCUCCGUUGGUCGCCAUAUAGAAUAUAGGCUAAUCCCAAAACCCGAGGUGAAAGAGACCGACCAAGCUGGCCUACUAACCAAUGAACGCUGGGAGGAUCAGCAUGGGGACGGCGCAUUCGCUACGCAUUCCACUAAGGAGCUGACAGUUGUAAACAGAAGCCGGAUGGACGCGACCUCUAAGCUCCCCCGCACGUUCUCGAGUCAGGCCGGGAGAAAGAUGGACCUAGCGUUGGUCCGGCCUCUGUUUGAUCGCCCUGAGCUUCCUAUCUCAUAUCCCCGACAGAUAGCAGUACAGGCCGAGGCCGAAUGUUGCCCGGGUGGUCCUGGCAGUGACGGAUGCCGGAAGUUGGAACAGUGCUGGACUUUUCUAGAUGGUUUCAGGCCUGACGAUCAAACCCAGGCCCGUUGCACAGAGAGCGGGCCAAGCCUUCCCUUGCUGGAAAUGCGACCUUUCUUCUUCGCAGCAGGACAGAAAGGCAAGCCGGCAGAGGCGGCCGUAAUUUAUGGCCCCAUUAGGUCUCCAUCGAGAACCCCAUGGAAUCCAGGCACAAUUGCCCAUUCCGGCCUGGUUGCCACCCACUUAGGGUCUGGAAGGAUUCAACCGUCAGGGGAGAGCUUGAGUUUCCAAGUUGUCCUUAAUACCACUUAG